GUAUAUGUAGAUUUUCUCCAUUAGGACUUAAGUUUCUGUUAACUGGUUUAUAUCUUUGAAAUUAAGAGAAUCGACAUCAUGAAAUCAGUAAAAUUUCUGAAUGAAUUACCCGCAAAAGAACAAAAGGAUUUUUUCGAAUCAUUCGACACCAUUUUCUUCGAUUUGGAUGGCGUGAUAUGGCACAGUUACGUCCCAAUACCGGGCGCCGUCGAUUGUCUGAAUAAUUUGAAAAAACUGGGAAAGAACGUUCACUUUGUCACCAACAACAGCACGAAAACCUGCCAAAACAUUUUGGAAAUUUUGAAAACCGCCGGCAUCAAUGCCGACCUACCGGACAUCGUCAAUCCUCUGAAAACCAUGAUUUUUCUCCUGAAAAAAUCCAACGUUACCGAUCCCUUGUAUGCAAUGGCUCCUAAAGCCUCCAAAAACGAGUUACUGGAAAACGGGUAUAAAAUCUUACCCGAAACGCCUCAUGUGGAUAUGGAUCAAAUACCAGAAAUUCUUUUGCACCAUGACCAAGCCAAAGAGCAGACAAUCGGAGCCGUUCUGCUCGAUUUAGAUUUGAACCUCGAUUAUAUGAAGGUGCAAAAGGCCUUUUGGUACCUGAAAUACAACCCCAACUCAUUGUUUUUGGUGAAUUCGAUGGACAAAACCGCCCCGGUGGGACCGAAAGGCCCGAUUUUUGCCACGUAUUACUUCGUGGAAUGCUUAAGGGAAAUGCUGAGAGUAGAUAACGUGAAUCGAGGAGAUUUCAUACAAAUUGGUAAACCGUCACAAGUAAUGGUGGAUUAUAUCAAAGAAACUUUUAAUAUUUCACAAUCUAACAGAGUAAUGUUCGUGGGAGACUCAAUAGAAUCUGACAUGGCCACCGCCGCCAAGGGGGAUUUCCAGAAACUCCUGGUGCUCAGCGGCACCGAGAAGCGGGAAAGCCUGGAUAACUGGGGCUACCCUGACAACUACAAACCUGAUUUUGUAGCCGAGGACCUAGGCGUUUUGAACGAUAUUUUAAAAAGCCUAUACGAUUAAAGUAACUCCUACCAGGCGUUAUUUUUUCCUAUUAACUACUU